AAUUAUUUGUUUAAGUACACGGAACCACUGUCAGAAUGUUCAAAAUAGCUGUUUUUUACGUACCUGUUGUUUUAGCACUUAUUGGAUACGCUGUUUCAGUUGAUGACUGUGAAUUUGAAAAACACAGAGCAGAUGACAGCACUGUUAGCAAGCCAAUCGAGGCGUUAAAACACCAAGUCUUCACAGCUCUAGAUGAAAGCGGUGGAUACAAGUAUCUGAUUGGCGUCUGCCAUUCAGUGGUUGACGGGGAUAAAGUGGGUGUUUUACAAAUGGAAUUAUCAGGUGAAAAACGCAACACUAUCAUUGGCAGAAUUGAUGCUUCGGAUAUUAUGCAUGGAAAGGACUGGGUCAUGUUGACCUAUGAGAAUGGAGAUCCCUACAGGGGCCACUGUAAAGGAAAUGGGUCAGAACCGGGCGAGAAAAGAAGGGCCAAGAUCAUGUUUGUGUGUGAUGAAGGAGCCUCAGAUGUGAAAGCACGUCAACCUCGCGUUGUGGAAGAAAUGACUAACACAACAAUGGGCUGCUAUUACUUGUUCGAGAUCAACACGAUUGUGGUGUGCCAAACAAGGCCUUUGAGAACUAUCGGACUGAGUACCGGCACCAUUCUCAUCAUUGUGUUUGUAUGUGUGGCUACAUUCUGCCUACUAGCUGGUGUGAUAUACAAGAGGGUGAUGCUGAAAGCCAAAGGUCUGGAGCAGACACGGAACAUAGACUUCUGGAAGAACUUUGGAAAUCUGGAAGCUAUGCUGACACAAACCAAGAAGAUAUAAGUUAUGCCUUCAUGGCUGCCAUGAUGGUAAAAGGAAGAUCGCAGCUCGCUUUUUGAUUCGUUCUUAAACUUCUUCGGCGAUGUCGCUUUUAUAGUUGUUUAUUUUACAAACUGUUCAAGGAUUUUAUACUGACUUUUUUACGACACCAAUGAAAUGCAUUACAUAAUAUUAUGUUAAUAUAAUUCAUAUAUGGUUUUACAUGUAAAUCAAUAAUGAAUACCAGCAUGUUGUUAUUCACAUUUUGAUAAUGGCCUUGGUUUAU